UCUAUAUUCCUGCGGCCCCUGAACGCAGCAGGAGUCCUCCCGUCGGAGCAGGCUGAACGUGACGGAGGUUUCCUGGCGGAGCUGCGGAGGAGGAGCAGGAGGAGCCGAGCGGGUCUGUGUGUGUGUCCGUGUGUCCGUCCUCCACCUCCACAGUCUGGGACACUCCAACACCAACACACAUACACAUAUAUACACGUAUAUAUGUGUUUAUUUAUAUAUAAAGUCCUGUUUCUGCGGCCAUGGAUCCAUCGCUGUCCUCCUCCUGUUUCCCCCGCUGAGGGUCGGAUGCUCCAGUGAGGAGGAGGAGGAGGAAGAGGAGGAAGAAGAGGAGGGUGUCAUCUUCAUCUUCCAGGCUGACUCACCGCUGGAGCGCCUGAACACAGAAGAAGAAGAAGAAGAAGAAGAAGAAGAAGUUUGAGAGGGCGAGGGAGUGAGGAAAAGAAACAGAGUAAGAUAAGGAAGUAAGGAGGGAGGGAGAGAAAGAGGGGAGUGAAAAACACAAAGUGAGGACGAGGAGGAGGUGAGGAGAAAGUGAGGUUGGGUCGGCGGGGCGAGAGGAGGGAACAGGAAGUGAAUUGUGGGAAAGAGAGAGAGAGAGAAAGAUAGAGAGACACUGUGGGGGACAACAUAACAGAUCUGAGGUCAGGUGAGAGUAGGCGCAGGUAGGUUGAGGGUCGGAGGUCAAGCGGCGGUCAGACGGAGGGCUGACUGAGCCUCAGCUGAAAAACAAGCUGUCCCGCUUCUCUCCCCCUCCCCCUCAAAGACUGUCCCUUCACCGUCACCACACUGGGCGAACUGGGAGGACUGGUGACGAGGAGAAGCCACCAUGAGCGACCAGAACGUCGUCAAGGAAGGCUGGGUCCAGAAAAGAGGUGAGUACAUCAAGAACUGGCGACCGCGCUACUUUCUGCUGAAGACAGACGGCUCUUUCAUCGGCUACAAGGACAAACCGCAGGACUCCGACCUGGCCUACCCGCUCAACAACUUCUCCGUAGCAAAAUGUCAGCUGAUGAAGACAGAGCGGCCCAAGCCCAACACCUUCAUCAUCCGCUGUCUGCAGUGGACCACGGUCAUCGAGAGGACCUUUCACGUCGACACUCCCGAUGAGAGGGACGAGUGGGCCGAGGCCAUCCAGAUGGUAGCCGAGUCUCUGGCCAAACAGGAGGAGGAGGGCAUCCUGAGCAGCCCCACCUCCCAGAUCGAGAACGUCAACGAGGAGGAGAUGGACACCUCCAUCAGCCACUACAAACGAAAGACAAUGAAUGACUUUGACUAUCUGAAGCUUCUGGGCAAAGGCACUUUUGGGAAAGUCAUUCUGGUGAGGGAGAAGGCGAGUGGCACCUACUACGCCAUGAAGAUCCUCAAGAAGGAAGUCAUCAUAGCCAAGGAUGAAGUCGCUCACACGCUCACAGAAAGUAGGGUAUUAAAAAACACUCGGCAUCCAUUCCUAACUUCUCUGAAGUACUCGUUCCAGACGAAGGAUCGGCUGUGCUUUGUAAUGGAGUACGUCAACGGAGGAGAGCUGUUUUUCCAUUUGUCAAGAGAAAGAGUAUUUUCGGAGGACCGCACUCGUUUCUACGGCGCCGAGAUCGUGUCCGCUCUAGACUACCUACAUUCUGCCAAGAUCGUCUACCGGGAUCUGAAGCUGGAGAACCUGAUGUUGGACAAAGACGGCCACAUCAAGAUCACAGACUUUGGCCUCUGCAAAGAAGGCAUCACCGACACUGCCACCAUGAAGACCUUCUGUGGAACACCAGAGUACCUGGCUCCUGAGGUGCUGGAGGACAACGACUACGGGCGGGCGGUGGACUGGUGGGGUUUGGGCGUGGUGACGUACGAGAUGAUGUGCGGCCGCCUGCCGUUCUACAACCAGGACCACGAGAAGCUGUUCGAGCUCAUCCUCAUGGAGGAGAUCAAGUUCCCACGAACCCUGUCGGCCGACGCCAAGUCGUUGCUGUCAGGGCUGCUCAUCAAGGACCCCAACAAACGGCUGGGCGGCGGACCGGAUGACGCUAAGGAGAUCAUGCGACACAGUUACUUCAACGCAGUCGACUGGCAGGACGUCUACGACAAGAAGCUGGUCCCGCCUUUCCAGCCCCAGGUCAGCUCGGAAACGGACACGCGCUACUUCGACGAGGAGUUCACAGCACAGACCAUCACCAUCACUCCGCCGGAGAAAUAUGACGAGGACGGGAUGGACGCGGCGGACAACGAGCGAAGGCCUCAUUUCCCACAGUUCUCGUACUCGGCCAGCGGGCGGGAGUGAGCGCUCCAGGGGCCCGGCCAGCGUCGUCCCCAUUCGUGGCCAUUCUGAGGAAAACACGUAGCCAUUUUAGUAAAAAAAAAACAAAAAAAAUACCAGUCUCCCCUCUUUUUCUCCUUCUCUGCCUCCUCACAGACGAGGAGAAGUCUUUUUAGGGACUUUAAAAAGAGGUUUUUUGCACAGUGGGAUAGACUCCAGCCGGUCUCCCCACACUAAAAAAAAAAAAAAAAAAUAAGUCUCCUACAUUUUCAGCGCUAUUUACUGCAGAAGGCAAUGUUUUUGUUAUUUAUUUUUUCCGUCAGUAUUAAGUUGUCGACCCCGGGGUUGCGUUCAUUUUUUGUUUCUGCCCUUUUUUUUCCUUCUUCUUCUUCUUCUUCUUCUUCUUUUGACUUUUUUGCACUUGGUUUGGAAGAGCCGUUAUAGGGAACAAAAAACCAAAAAUGUUGCCUUACGUGUGCAGAUGUUUCGUAUCAU